CACCAACAUUCACCGUGUCAGUGGUGUACUUGGGUUUAAAAGUAGUUAGUUUCAGAAAUGUAUGUAUAAACAUCCCGUUUUUUUAGGCUGAUUCAUCAUUCGACCAUCGGAUCCAGUGUUGUGCGUUGCUGCACAAGUUGUAAUCUUUCUCAGGACUCAGAUCUUGGUCAAGGGCAGGUGGCUUUGUUGUCUGUGGGCAAGUGAGUGAAUUGAAUCAAGGACUAAUUUGUGAUGCGUGGAUGAUCAGAACUGAUGUUAUUGGCAGUGGAAGGAGGUGGAUUUUUUUCUGCUUCAGCUUCUGGGUAUAGUAAGGGUCUUGCCCUUCUUCUCUUGGGUCAGAAGACUGAAGAAAAACCCAUGAGAGUUACGCCGUGGAGUCACUAUCAGCUAGUGGACCAAGAAACUGAUCCUAAUCUCCAGCUGGCUUCCAGUAAGAAUCGACUUGUGCGCGGGUGCGCCUCAUUUGUCUGUUUUGGUCACACUGCCUCAGAACUUGAGGGCCCGUCUCCUUUAAAGGUAGGACCAACUCAGCAGCAGGACGUCUUGCCCGAACCUCCUGUCUUUGACAAAGGGAAUGAUGACAGUAAGAAUAGUGCUCCUGUUGACAGUGACAUAAUUGCAAAACAGAAUGAUCUUAAGAGUAGCUUGAAGAAGUCAACAACUAUAAAUCCAGUUCCUAGCGCGGUCAGUGGUGAGAUUGAUGCAGCAAACGAAAAGACUAGCUUUACUGAUUACAUCGAAAAGCGGAAAGUGCAGUGGAUGGAUGUGAGUGGAGGAGAGCUUGUUGAGGUCCGGGAAUUCGAGACCAGCAGUGAUGAUGGAUCCGAUAACGAAUUCGACAGAGCGAGCGAAAGGGCAUGUUCGUGCAACAUAAUGUAGUGAUGGGGGGAAGAUAAUCACUUUGGCAACGGAAGGAGUUCUCGUGCAGUAUAAUGUAGCUGGAGCUUCAAACAGUUGAUUUCGACAAAUAUUACAGAGUUGAUCGGGGAUAUCAAAUUGUUUGCUAGCAAAAAGAGUAAGAAGAUAUGCGAAAAUCAAUUGUCUUGAAUGUAAUCUUAGGAGUAGGUCCUUUCAUUUUUUGGAGUUGUACACUUGUACUGUAUUAAGAUUAUUUUUGUAAUUACAAAUUUGUGAUUAUUCAAAUUUUUCUCAGUA